AUGUCUUGUGAAAUAAACCACUGUGCCACUAAAUACUUAGCCAAUGGUCUGAAUGAACUAAAGCCUCUAGCCGUAUGUAGCUCAUCACAAGAUAGUACAGCUGAAAAGAAGGGUUCCGGAUGGUUUGUUUCGGCAUUUCUUGUGGUCAAUUCAACACUGGGUGCCGGACUUUUGAACUUCCCCAUGGCCUAUCACCAGGCUGGAGGAGUCUUGGCGGCUGUGAUCGUGCAAUCAGUUCUGAUGGUAUUUGUUGUGAUAGGAAUAUUCAUCAUGAGUUACUGUUCUGAUACCAAGGGAAGCAACACCUACCAAGACGUGGUUCUCUCUAUCUGUGGCCCUAAAGCCCAGCUGGCUUGUGCAAUCAGUAUAGCCAUCAGCUGUUUCUACACCUGCGUCACGUAUCUCAUUCUAAUUAGCGACCAGUGGGAGUUAAUUUUCCUGAAUGUUUCAUACGAUCACUACUGUUACUCCAAUCCAUUCUACAUGUCAAGAGCUUUCAUUACCUCAGUUACGUCCAUAGCCUUUAUACUUCCAUUAUGUUUUCCUAAAAGAAUAGAUUUUUUAAAUUAUGUCAGCAUCGUUGGAGUUAUAGGUAUCUUGUAUGUAGUAGGACUUAUAAACAUCAAAUAUUUUCUUCCUCAUGAUAAUCAAGGAAUUAUUGCAACACGGCCACAUUCAUUGAUUGAUGUUUUUCUAGUCGUCCCACAAAUCUGUUUUUCUUAUGAGUGUCAUGUCAGUAUGAUCCCCAUCUACUCCUGUAUGGCAAAGCGUAACAUGAGAGAGUUCUCUAAAACAGUAACACUUGCCAUGAUAUUGUGUGUACUAAUCUACACUGUCACUGCAACUCUCGGAUAUUUACAGUUUGGUGAAACCAUCACUAACGACAUACUGCUGUCGUUUAACCCUACCGCGGAUGUGAUGGUUGCUGUAGUUCUUGUGGCUGUGAAGACAUACACAACAUAUCCAGUUUUUUGUUUUCUAGGGAAGUCCGCGUUCGACACAGUGUGGGGAAUGUGCUGGAAAAUGAGCCCAGAAGAAAUUUUACAUAGAGAAAAAACGAGACGUGUCAUAACUACACUGGUGUGGUUCACCUUGACCCUGCUGUUGUCCAUCUUCAUCCCCAAUAUAGGCGUUGCCAUAGAGAUCAUCGGUGCCUUUGAUGCAGUAUUUAUUUUCGUAUUUCCGGGUUUAUGUUUGUUGAAGACUAUGCAGAAUAGAAUUGAAACAGGAGAGAAACAGCCCAAGACAGUUCACGUAUUGAAGGGAAUAGCCAUCGCCUUUCUUAUUGUUGGUGUGUUUAUCUUUGGACUGACGUUGUCGCAAUCCAUAAUGAAAGACAUUCGUGGUGUCAAGCGUGACUCGUCUAUAUUCACGUGCAGAUAG